AAGAUGUCGAGCACUCAGGCUGCAGGCGUUAUCAGAAACAUCAUCCGAGAGAUCGCGCAGACGUGUUUGAGCAGAGGACAGACUCUGUCCGAGACGCUCAUCGCCUUCAUGGUCAAAGCUGUUGUUCUGGACCCCAGGAAUCAUUUUAACGGGGAUAGGACUCUGACGAAGCAAGAUGUGCAGAAACUCAUAGAGCUGUGUGUGGACAGACUGAUGGACCAGACCAGUCCCACUCUGAACACCAUUAAGAUGCAGGUUUACUUCGACAUGAACUACACAUCUCGACGUGAGUUUCUGGAGGUUCAGCAGAAGGUCCUACGUUCCUGUUUGGUGUCGCUGAGCAGAGAGAUCACAGACUCUCGGGCAAAGACCAGAGAGGACCUCAAGAACCUGUACGGCAAAAUAGUCAGCUAUGUUAUCCAGCGCUCCAACCUGGGCUCGGCCACAGACAUCAGCACCGUGAGAGAAACCACAGCGGCUCUGCAGAGCGUCUUUCCUCAGGCUCAGCUGGCGACCUUCAUGUCUCUGCUGAAACAAGACAAAGAGCAGCAGCUGAGCGAGCUCACUCUGAUCGUCAGUGGCAUACGUCUCUUUAAUAAGGACAGCAGGAAAGGAGGAGAGGGCAUCCAGAACUUGCCAGUCAUUCUGAAUGAGAUGCUGCCAGCCGCGGCCGCAGAUAUAGAUAGUGAACUGGUGGGAUGUGAGCGCUUGGCCUGGCAGUACACGGCCCUGCUGGAGAAGAUCUGUGAGCGCACCGAGUGUCCCGUCCACCCCGACCUGCUCAAACAGGCUCUGUACAACACACGACAACACGAGGCCUUCCUCAGACUCAUACUGGCGGACAUUAUCCAGAGUGCAAAGGAAGUGAUGCGGUUACAGUCUGAUCUAAAGACUCAAAUGACGCUCCUGAAGGACACCGUGCACACCAAGACCACAGUGCCGACAUCACAAGUGUUUCCUCAUUUCACAGCAGUGGCUUCACUCUGGACGGGACUGGAAGGCGAGAUGCUGCUACUGAGCAUGCUCACUAACGUGGCGUCCGGUCUGAGAGCGUUCCUAUCAGCGCAGUCUCUGCUGAGCCCAGAUCAGCUGGAGCUGUUGCUGCAUGGACUGCAGGUGCAAACAGAUGCGGACAGAUGCUCUGUGACAGCAGAGCGUGUUGUUGAGUCAGAUAUGAGUUCGUGUGAAUGGUGUUUUCCUGAGAACACAGCUCACUUUGAGGACGUGCCGCUGCAGUACAAGGGCUUCUGUGGCUUCACACUUGUGAAGAACAACGGUCUUUUACUGCCAGGCAAUCCAAAGAUCGGCGUCCUAAAGCACAAGGAGAAACACUACGCUUUCAGCUCCAGGAGCAUUGCAUACGAGUUUGCCUCUAAAGCAGAUGAGUUAAUUGCUGCUGUGGUGGAGAUGGCGAAGAGACAGCCGGAGCUCAUCCAGCUGCUGCAGCUGCAUCAGGAGUUCGCCAGCGUGACACCCUACUCUGAGAUGCAAUCAGGAGAGAAGCUGUUGGUGAAAACCAUCUCUAAAAGUGAUGCCAGCAUGCAGACAGAGACACACCCUCUGGAGACCAACAUUGUGAAGUCCUAUGAGUGGAACGAGUGGGAGCUCAGAAGAAAAGCUAUUAAACUGGCCAAUCUGCGGAGUAAAGUCACCCGUUCAAUGCAGACGCACUUAAGUCACAUGAGACGAGACAACAGCACACAGACGUUCCUCCCUAAAGACGCCGUCAGCCAGACGAAGCGGGACGGAGAGAGUAACGUUCCCAAAGCACAGGUGUACCUGUCAGGCCUGAGAGGAGGAACAAACAUGAUAAAGCUGGAUCUGACCAGAGCUGUUGAUGAGUGACCUGCACACUGUGUGAAUGUGUCAAUCUGCUUCAGGACACGCCUCUGUAAUAACAGCUGCAUCUCAGGCUCUUUAGAUGUCUUUGGUGAACACAGGACGAGAUCUUUAUAUCUUAAUUAUUUCUCACUAUAGCUUCUGUGUUGAUAGAAGGCUCUUUUUUCAUUUAACAAUGAAUCCCUGUUAACCUUUUCCUACAUCCACAAACCUGGUGUCUGUUCAGAUGGAGCCACUUCAUUGUGUGAAAUGUGUUAUGAAAUAUUCUUCUAAUCAAACAGUAAAGAGAAUAUGAGUGUAAUGCAAUGAGAAAGACUCGUUCAUCAUUUUGACUGCCUGCACUGGCAAUGAAAUGGUCACUGGUUUGAUUCAAAAUAUUUGUAUUCAUUUUUAAUACAUUUAUAAAUUACUACAUUAAUACAUUAUAAGUUAUUAGCAGCAUU